GAAUCUUUAGUGAUAGAUAAUGGAAAAAAUGUUCAAUUACACUUUUUAAUAGUUGUCGAAAACAACUCAAAGUUGCUUAUUUUUCUUUUUGACAAAAGUUAGCAGAAGAAAGUUUUUUUAAUUUUCAGUAGAGAUUAAUCGUGUUUAUGAUCACAAUCUCCUUGUUAAUUUUUUAUUCAUUUAUUUCUCAUUAAUUUAUUAUCAGUAGUUAUAUUAAAAGAGCGAAAAGUUUAUUUAAUUUCUGAUUUGGUCAUUCCCUUAUGUAAUAUCUUCAAAAUUCUACUUGUAUCUUCGUCGAUAUCAACAUUUUUCAACCUUUAUAAAAAAAAGGAAUGAUUGCAGUUAUUUCCAUCGACAGAAAGAAUAUCGGAAGAAAAGAGAAUUAGUAAAAAUUCUUUUACAGGAAAAUCUCGAGAAGAUAAUCGUUUUUUUACAUUAACUUUUUGUGAAACAGAUUAACUGUAGAAUGAAAAAGAAUUAAUUUGCAUUUUCUUUGUCGAUUCGCAUGGUAUUAUAGACACUAUCCCGUUUCAAUAUCUCCCUACAGAUUUAAUCGAAUUGAUUGGAAAGAUGCACGAAGACAUCAUCGCGAAUACAGUUGUUAUUCUAUCCGUAACGCUAUUCCUUACCAUUCGAGCCAUGAGACUAGCGGCAGUGCUGACGUUGCUGUGCUGUCUGGCGAUAGGGGCACUCGCCUCGCCGGUGCCCAAGAUCGCCGACAGCAAGGUGUCGUCGACUCAGAAUGUCAUUGCGACCGGCAGGCAAGCGCAGCCCGUGGCGCCAGUCGCCCCCGUCGACGAUGACGACGACGACGACGACGAUGACGACGACAUUGAUUUGGACAUCACCGAUGACGAUGAUGAUGAUGAUGAUGAUGACGAUGACGAUGAUGACGACGACGACGAUGGUGAUUACCUGGAGCGUUUUAUUGAAGAUAUACUUGGAGAAGAGGAUGACGACGACGAUGAGGAUGAAGGCGCGGGAGCCGUACCUGUUGCACCGGUAACAGCUCCACCUACCCCCGUUAACUCGCCGCAGGUGCCGCUUGCCGUGGCGGCUGAUCUGAAUCAGGCGGCCGCCGAGGAAGCCGCGGACGCUGCCGCGUCGGCUGAGACGAGCGAGGACGAAGGUAGCUACGAGGACGAGGAGGCGAGUGACGCUGCCGAUCAGGGUCAGGCCGCAUCCAAUGUGCACGAGACGACAUUCGAAGGUGCCGAGUCCGUCUCGAACCCGGUAUCAGUCCAGGCCGUCGGAGCGGCGGCUUCGCCUGCUGGUGUCGUCGCGGCUGCUCCGAUCAGCGACGACGAUGACGAUGACGAUGACGACGACGAUGACGAUGUAGACCUGGACAUCACGGGCGACGACGACGACGACGACGACGACGACGACGACGAUGACGAUGACGACGACGACGACGACGACGACGACGACGUGGAUGACAUCGCCGACAUCGCCGACGCUAGGCACGCACGUGGCAUGGACUCUGAAUCGAGUGGUCACGUACCAGCGAUUUACGUGGCGAAGUAUAAUCGUUUUGUCGACAAUAUUCUUGGCAAGAUCAACAACAUUUUACGCGCUAAUUACGAGCCGGUGACCGUGAAACUGACGAAUCCAAGUUCAAGUUCCAAGACGAGUAAGAAUAAAAACAAAAACAAGAAUAAGACUAGGAGGAAGGGCACCAAGAACGGCACUAAGAAGAGCGCCUCAAGGCCGAUCGACACGUCAGCUGUCACUGAAAGAAGUGACAAUGAAAACGACGUCGAGAAAGUCACGCAGACUACUGAAGCUGUCGUAAUGCAAACGAAUGCGACGGAAAAGGAUCCAAUUUCACUGGAAUCUCCCGCUGAAACCAGUGAGAGAUCUAGCAACAGACGUACGUCCAACAAAAACAACAAGAAAUCUAAUAAGAACCGCAAGCGAACGAAGAACAAGACGAAGAAUCAAAACAGCAACAAAAACAAAACUAAGGCCAAUAAUAGACCAAAAGCAAGAGCCACCCUCUACGGAUUGGCGUCUCUACAGAGGACGGGCGAUGUAUCGGUGAACAUGAUGAGCGAUCACACGACAAUCAAGACCAAAUUCAGUCUGGGACCAUUGGUGCUGAAGGUCGAGAAGGAAUUCGGCAGGGCCGCGAAGAAGGAGCUGAGGAGCGCGACCGCCACCACGGCCGAGAUGUCUGGCAAGCUGAGCCUGCGUGUGUUGCACGGCGGCGCGGCGACGCUGCAUUCUAUUCGGGUUUUGCAACCUAAACAGGUUCGAGUGGAAAGCCAGGACGACCACGACAGAACGCGGGAGUUUGUGUGGAAGAGAUCGUCACAUAUCGCGCAUUUGGUGUCGCAGAAACUUUCCUCGGCCACCAGGUCAAUGCUUCGACCGCCGCCUGCCACACACAAAGUUGAAUACAAAAUUCAAAUAAACAGCAAAAUGGUCUCGUUAGUGGCGAACAUUAGAGUUACCAGCUCUCUUCAUCAUUGGUGCGUUUGCGCCACGAAAACACUGACCACAAGCGCAAUGCCGAGUCCUAAGGACGAGGCAAAAGAGGUGAUCGUCAAUUACUUGGACGGCAAGGACAACGGUAUCGCUGUACUGGGACUGAACAGGCCCGCCACACGUAACUCCCUCGGAAAAACCUUAAUUUCGCAGUUGAACGAAGCACUGGCCUCAAUCAAGCAGAACAGUAAGCUAAGGGUGCUGAUAGUACGCAGCUUGGUCCCAAAAGUGUUUUGUGCCGGGGCAGACCUGCGGGAAAGAUUCAAAAUGGACAAUGCCGAGGUGGUGCGAUUCGUGUCCUCCUUGCGGAGUCUCAUGACCGACGUGGAGACUUUGCCGACUCCAGUAAUCUCGGCCAUCGAUGGUGCAGCGCUGGGCGGAGGGCUAGAACUUGCGCUGGCCAGCGACAUCAGGGUCGCCUCUUCCGAGGCGAAGAUGGGCCUCGUGGAGACGAAGCUGGCAAUAUUACCAGGCGCUGGCGGCACGCAGAGACUUCCCAGGAUAAUCGGAAUAGCCAAGGCUAAAGAGUUGAUUUACACUGCUCGGAUUCUGGACGGCGAGCAAGCAAAGCAGAUCGGCCUGGUCAACGAAGCGGUCCCACAAAACAAAGUCGGCGACGCAGCUUACCAGACGGCUCUCACGAUCGCGAGAGAAAUCUUACCAAACGGUCCCAUUGGCGUUAGAUUGGCGAAAGUGGCUAUAUCUAAAGGCACGGAGGUAUCACUCGAGGAUGGUAUGGAGAUCGAGGGGCAGUGCUACAGCAAACUUGUAGAUACGAAGGACAGAAUUGAAGGACUUGCCGCUUUCGCGGCGAAGCGCGUACCUGUCUAUCAAGGAGCGUAA